CUCUAAAUGGAUCCAAACCACCAAUCCUUCAUUGAGUUAAUUAUGGAAGAAGACCACAAACUUUUUGAAGUAGCCAUUCCUGGCUUAGACACCCCUCUCCCGAUGGAGUUCUAUUUUGGAGAGGAUUUUCAGUACAAACAGGAUUUCAUACAAACCCUAUCGACAAAUGGAGCUUUUAUCGUUCGAGAUCAGGCUGACAUAACUCCUUUGACAUUCCAAAUAGCGUGUGCAGAUAAUAGGCUAUAUCUUGAUCACUCAGAGAACCGAUUUAUUAGGAGAAAAACAUUAAAAGUGCCUGUACUCGACACUGAAUUCUUCACUGAAAUCGGUUACAACCUCUCUCGCUUAACGAAUGUGUCUCCCAAAGACAUCGCCAUGCUUUAUCCAGGAGAUUUAGACCCAAUAAUUUACUCUGAAAAGUUCCUGAAUGGAACAAUCUACUCAAUCAGUUGGCUCAAAGAGAGCCUGCUCAGAAAGCGUCUCCAGAACAAAAGCAAAUACAAAAUAGUAGACCACACAUAUUCCUGAAAUGAACGAUUGAAAGGCAACUCGGAGCAUUUCAAUGAAGCUGAGGCGCUAUUUUGCAUCAAGAACGCACUUUGGGAGUGCCAAAGACUUCGUUGUCAGAGAAACCUUGACUCACUCUCUCUCCAUUGCUCAGGUAGAAGUCAUAAAGAUAUUGAAAGAUUUCUCAGAAGAAUCUUAUUCCAAAAGAGAGAUAACUUCAAGGGGUGCCAAGGGCCUUUCAUUAAGUUGGAGUUUAAAGGCUGAAUUGAGCGAUUUCUUGAGCCAUAUGGACUGCUAAUCUGUUCCUUGGAACACUCAAAAUUGUUGUACCCCACUCAGACUCAAACAAGAGAUGACAUAACUGAAAGAUUGGACUUCAGGCUUCCUAAUAUUCCUAAAAAUAGAUGCCCAAGUGAUAACUCGUUACAAAUGGAAGAAAUCAGUGAAAGCAGCGAGGAAAGCCAAAGCAGAAGUUCAAUAGCAACGCUUAACAAGAGAGACAGAUAUCCUGAUGAAUCUUCAGUCAACCUCGCCUCAAUCGUCGACCUUGACAGUAUUGAUGACGAUUAGUUUUAGAAAUCCCACCGAAGUUUAUCUAUUUCAGU